AUGUUAUUCGGAGAAAAAGAGUUUCUCACAGAGAUAGAAAUUCUUUCCGGUGGAGUUAAGCAUCCCAACAUAGUCACUCUGCUUGGAUUUUGUAUUGAAGCUUCUGAGAUGAUCCUUAUCAUUGACGAUUUCUCUAAUGAAUUCCUUGAUGAUUAUUUGGGAAACCUCAAAGACAAACGUGUUUUGACUUGGGAAAAACGUUUGAAAAUAUGCAUUGAUGUUGCACACGCAUUGAAGUACAUUCACUAUGAGAUGGAAGACCAAAAGACAAUAAUAAACCGUGAUAUAAACUGCGCCAGCAUUGGGUUGGACGAGAAUUUUGGGGCAAAGAUUAUUGACUUUUGGUGGUCCAUAUUUUUGCCUCCAAAUCAAGAAGACGACACUCUCUAUGUUGACUGGAUUGGCAGAAAGUUCAACAUAGAUCCAGAAUAUAAGAAAACUGGUAAGUUAAAAAGAGAAUCAGAUGUUUAUGGGUUCGGAGUAUUCUUGUUUGAAAUUCUAUGUGGGAGGUUAGCGAGUCACUUAAUUUACCUUAAGGAGGGUGACAUAGGGCUGGCCCAUGUAGCACGACGAAGCUUCAGCACAGGAUCACUAGAAGAGAUGAUAGAUCCCAUAAUAAAGGAAGAAAUUGGUGAAAACAAAUUUGUUCUAAAUAGAGGACCCAACAAGGAUUCGUUGCAUACGUUUAUUACAAUUGCACACCAAUGUGUGGCGGAAACUCAAGACCAACGCCCAACAAUGAAAGUCGUAGUCAACAAACUUGAGAAAGCAUUAUUCUUUCAAGUAAGUCACUGUAGUUUAUCAAUGCCUAGAAGUAAUCUGAGUGAUGGUUCACCUUUAUAUAGAAAACAAAAAUUAGAAUGCUUUAUAUAA